UAGUUUUUUUCCCCUGCUACUCGGUGUGAAAUUAACAUGAAAACACAUCUUAGCAGCUCAGGAACCACUUUGUCGAACUAACUAACCAUCAAAUUAACAAACUAUGAGGGUUCACUCUAUGCUGUAGGUGAAGAUAGUUGCAGCCUGUUAACCUCCGCCCGGCCAUCAUGGACGCUAACACGCAGAGAGUGUUGGUGAAGCUCGUUCAGGACGGCCACUUGAGCUCUCUGGAGGAACUCAUGACAGUAGGUGGCGGCUCGACGACUCCUCAGACUGUGAAGAGUCAACACUUCGGCCGCUCUGGAGACACCUUGUUGCACUACGCUGCCAGAAACGGACACUUGGAUAUGGUAGAGUAUCUGGUGCAGCGUGUAGGCACGGACGUGGAGGUGUGCAACAACGACUACAAGAGACCUCUGCACGAAGCUGCGUCCAUGGGUCACCUAGCAUGUGUUAGCUAUCUACUCCAGAAAGGAGCUAAAGUAGACACUCUGAAGAAAGCUGAUUGGACUCCUCUGAUGAUGGCCUGCACUCGGAGGAACCUUGAUGUGAUCCAGGAGCUGCUGUGUCACGGAGCCGACCCUGCGCUCAGAAACAAGGACGGUUGGAACUCGUUCCACAUCGCAUGCAGGGAGGGGGAUCCUCUGGUCGUGACGCACCUCCUUCUUUUUGCUCCGGAUGUCUGGAGCACUGAGAGCAAGACGCGCAGGACACCGCUGCACACUGCAGCGAUGCAUGGUUGUGAGGAGGUCGUAAGGAUCUUGCUGGAGAGCUGUGGCUACAGGCCAGACAGCACAGACAGCUGUGGAGUCACUCCUCUGAUGGACGCCGUCAGGAAUGGUCACAUCUCUGUGGCCAGGCUGCUUUUAGAAAACCACCAGGCGUCUCCGACAGCAGCUGACAAACUCGGGGCUCUGCUGGUGCACCAAGUUGCCGUCACUGGCCAGGUGGAGGCGCUGCGCUUCCUGGUGCAGGACCUCAGUGUAGAUGUGAACCAGAGAGCGACUGACAUCCAGCUCACUGCCCUGCAUUACGCUGCAAAGGAAGGCCCUGUGUCCACUAUUAGAACACUGCUGGAGUUAGGAGCUGAUCUUCAUGCUCGGGACAAAAAAGGAAGAAGUGCUCUUCACAUGGCCUGCAUUGGGCAGCACGCAGAAGCAGCCAAGGUCCUUCUGCAGCUCGGACUCGUAGAUUCAGAGGACGCGUCUGGCACAGCCGCACGGCAGCUCGCCAGGAAGCCGGAUGUGAUGCGAGUAUUUCAACGCGGCUUUGAGGACGCAACAUAAAAGAUGCUAUCAUGAUACAUACAUAGAGUGUGUCUGCAGUCGUUUCAGUUUAUUUAAAUAAGGAAAAUAACCUCAAGUCUAUCAGUUUUUGUUGGUUACAUUAAAAACGUGGUUGCAACUAGCAGUUAUAUUAA